AUGGCAACCUCCGAGUUAUCAGGUCAAUCAAGCUUUAACGAGACGAAGAGAAUACUUACUUUGGUGUUGUCAGUUUUGUCAACUGUACUGCUUCUAUCUACAAUAGUGUACGCCCUUAAAAAGAAAAGGAAAAGGCGCCAAAAGAAAGGACGAGGAAACCAGGCACAUAACGCUCAUAAGGAUCAUUCCAGCCUUCAGAACAAAAACCUUGAUGAGUUACCCUCUUUUAGCCUGCAUGAAAUCUCUAUGGCUACCGAUGACUUCAACAUUGACAACAAGAUUGGAGAAGGUGGUUUUGGUCCAGUUUACAAGGGUUUGUUGAAAAACGGACAAGUAAUAGCUGUAAAGCGACUCUCAAAAACGUCCGACCAAGGGCUUGAUGAAUUCAAGAAUGAGGUCAUUUGUAUCGCCAAACUUCAACAUCGGAAUCUUGUGAAGCUCCUUGGAUACUGUAUUCAUGGAAAUGAAAAAAUUCUGAUUUAUGAAUACAUGGAUAACAAAAGCUUGGACUCAUUUCUAUUUGAUGAAACAAGAAGUUCAAUGCUUGAUUGGCCUCAACGUUUUGGUAUUAUCCAUGGUAUAGCUCGAGGUAUUCUUUAUCUACAUCAAGACUCCCGCCACCAAAUUAUCCAUAGAGAUCUCAAGGCAGCUAAUAUCUUGUUGGACAGUGAAAUGAAUCCAAAAAUAUCUGACUUUGGCCUUGCUCGAAAUUUUGUUGGACAGGAUGGCAUGGCAAGAACAAAGAAGGUGGUCGGAACAUAUGGUUACAUUCCUCCCGAGUAUGCAAUACAUGGACGUUUCUCAAUAAAGUCGGAUGUAUUUAGCUUUGGUGUAAUCGUGUUGGAGAUAGUGUGUGGAAAGAAAAACAGAGGGUUCUCCCAUGAAGGUCAUAGUGAUAAUCUUCUUGGACAUGCAUGGAGACUCUAUAAAGAAGACAAGUCCAUUGAAGUCAUGGGUGCAUCUUUACGUAACUCAUGUGUGGUCCCUGAAGUCUUACGAUCAAUACAUGUUGGGUUAUUGUGCGUGCAACAUCAUGCAGAAGAUAGGCCCACUAUGUUAUCAGUUGUUUUAAUGCUGAUUAGUGAGAGUACACUGCCUCCACCUAAAAAACCAGCUUUUUUCACUGAAGACAAUUACCCUAAAGUUGAGUCAGUUUCAUCACAAGAGGAAUAUAUGAUAACACUCUUGUAUGCUAGAUAAAAAGCAUGUGCGGUGUAAAUUUUGGACACUUCUAUUCAUCCCCCUCAUUUCUUGCUUUACUUUUCCCCUUUCCACAUUGUAAUCAUGGAUUCCAUGAAUUCAACUCUUCAAAUAAGUGUUUAAGAUAGUAGCAUGAUAAGGAUUUACUGGUUCUUG